CCUCCUGGGGCAGAAGCCAGAGCAGCCGCAGGUCCUUCUCUAGGGCAGUGACUUUGCAGGGCCCAUGCUAGGUACCCCCGGCCCAGAGCCACCGAGGGGCCCCACCCGGAGAGGGCCCAGGGUUCCUGACAAGGUGGAGCUUGCCCGGCUAGGGGGACCCGGCCUGCCCCGCGGGGGAAGCGCCCCGGGCUCCCAGGCCGGCGCCGCGCACACGUGCCUGCUGGGGCAGGGGCGGGGCCGUCCCGAGCCGGGGUCGCUCCUCCCGCCGGCCCAGAGCUUGCUGCUCGCUGGGGAAGUGGAGUUCGACUCGGGCGGGCUCUAGCGCUCCUGCUGAUCGCGCCCCGCUCCCGGCCGGGUCCCUGAGGCCGGGCAGACAGGCAGCCCCGUCCCGCUCCUGUGCCGGGCCGGGCCGCCGAUGGGGAGGCUGAUUCUGGGCGAGCUUCAGACGAGCAGCCCCCGGGGAGCCCCGCCUGGACCCCGGCCCGCGCCCCGGCCGCUGCUGGCUGCCCGGGGCCAGAAUGCCCGCCUGGGGGAUCCUGCCCGUCACCCUGCCCGCCGUCACCAUCACCGGCAUGUGGAUCGUGUAUGCCAUGGCGCUCUCCAACAACCACAUCUGCCCAGUCCACAACUGGAGUUAUAACCAGUCCUGUGGGCUGGAUGGCCCCAUUUCGUGCUGCACUCUGGAUCACAUUCCUCUGGUCAGCAAGUGUGGCACCUUCCCUCCAGAGAGCUGCUUCUUCAGCCUGAUCUGCAGUCUGGGCUCGUUCAUGGUGAUGCUCGUGGGCCUGCUGAGAUACGCCCACGUCAUCGAGUGCUGCGGGCCAUCCCUCCUCAACACCCUGGGGCUGGCAGCAGGCUGGAUCUGCGCCGCCGGCCUCACCAUGGUUGGCAACUUUCAGGUGGACUAUGCCAAGGUGCUGCAUUACAUUGGCGCAGGUGUGGCAUUUCCUACCAGCAUGCUCUUUGUGUUCCUGCAGUCGGUUCUGACUUACCGCAUGGCGAAAACCAGGGGCCACUACUGGACCGGUCACUUGCGCAGCAUCCUCUCCGCUCUGGCCUUCAUCACCCUUGUCUUCAGUGGCGUGUUCUUCGUCCAGGAGAGUUUUGUGCUGCAGCACGUGGCCGCCCUGUGCGAGUGGAUUUUCAUCAUCAAUAUCCUUGUCUUCUAUGGCACCUUCACUUUUGAGUUCGGGGCCAUCUCCACAGACACGUUCCUGGUGCUUCUGAAAGCCAGCCGGGCUCCCAAGAGCUACAAAUCUGACAGCAGCACGGCCAGCACACCGCACGGCCACAGCCACUCCGAGGGCCUGGCCAUGGUCUGAGGGGACCUGGCCUCAUCCCUGGAGAGCUGGGACGGGCAGAUUGGCGAGACCAAAAAUCCAGACAUUGCCAGUGAUUCUCUUGCCUUGAACAUAUCCAGGAACCAAAGUGCCUCCAAUUGGGGGGAGGGGGAAGGAUUGGGGGCCUGAUCCUGACUUCACCUCCCCUUCUGACUCAUGCAGACAAUACACUAUGAACAUCUGGACCCACAGCCCCAGCAUCAUCAGUGCCCUUCAGGGACUUUUUACCUCCCAUCAAAAAGCUCUCCCUGCAGGAGCAGAGAGGUACUAAAAGGGGAUGGGGGGAGGGGCAGGGAGUAAAUGAGACUGAGGUGGAAGCAGGCUUAAGGUACUUGGUGCUCUAGAAGUCCUAGGGUUACCCUUCCUUGAUAGUGAGACAUAGAGACAAUCUGAGCAUGAGCUGCCCUUGCAGGGAGACAUUUAGCAUUGGCUCCGGGCUGGGUUUGGGGAGUGGGGUCUGCCCUGGUAGAAGGCACCUGGUACAUCAGGGAGGGGAGGUAGAGGCACAGAUAUUUAUGCCCUUGAGGGGCCGGGAGUGGAGGCAAAGAGGACUUGUUCUGUAGGGAGGAAGGUGGGAGAGGUGGCAGCAGGGAGGGGGCCAUGGGGAAGGCAGAGGGGCUGCCUUCUGGGGACCAUGGAUGGCACGAGAUGACAAGGUCAGACAAUUUUUUGCUGAGAUACCAGAGUCCUCUGGGGUAGCUAGGCCUAUCAAAGAGACUGCAAACCCCACUCCUCUGGUCGGCUAGCUCAGGAGCUGUGGGGGUGCUUAUUGUAGACCAGUACCUGAUCUCGCCGGGCUGAUCAAGGGGGACCAGAUGGUUGGAGCCAAAAGGCAAGAUGCCUCUCUUCUCCCAGCAGGGUUAAGUCAUGCUGGCACAUCUGGCUGUGAACAAAGUCUAAGUGACUAUGGCAAAGAUGAAAUCUGUAGCAGUUUAGGUCUUUUAUAGUAGACCCCUGUCCUGUGGGCCCACGUGGCUGGUGCUUACCUGGCUGAGCUGGUGCCUGAUGGCUACACAGGAGCACCAUGGAGAAAGCAAUCCGUGUGCCAGCCACUCCAUAGUUCAGGCCGAGGCAGCACUUUAAUUUCAGGGAAGUCCCUAUUUCUGUGGGCUCUUCUCAGGAAUGCCCCCCGGUACUGACCCGCUUCCUGCUUGUUCUCAGCCCAGAUCUGGCUUACACUGAAAGCUCUUUAAGACAAGGAGCAGCUUUUCAUCCUGUGUUUGUACAGCACCUAGCCACAGUGGGGUCCUGGGCUGAGUCAAGCUCCUAGGUGCUGUCGGCUGAUGAACGGUAAGUUAGAGGUUUUAAGCUGCAGUGUGGCCAUGCCUGAAUUCUUUCCACAAUCUUCACCUUCUUCCCUCAGGUCUGCAUACGUUUAAAGAGUUCUUUGCAUUAAGUAGUGCCCCGAGGCCGCAGCAUGCUAGGUGCGGUGCAGAUACAAAAGGACCUGGGCUGAAGAGCUUGCAGUGCUUCGGGCCAGAUCUGACAUAAAACUUCACGCACCUGUGGGUUAGUGCUCAGAGGAGAGGAUGACUUUACCCUUCUGUAGUCCUGUGUAAUUAGAUCCAACACGGUUCUCCUGCACCUCCUUUCACUAUUGAGGCAUUCAGGAUACUUUGCUGUCAUUAGUGAAUUCAGCCUCCCAGCCCCUCGGAAGGUGGGUUAUCAUCAUUCCCCUGUUACAGAGGAGGGAAAUGGAGCAGAGAAAGAUGAAGUGACUUCCCCAACGUAAGUGUACAGCAGACCCAGCUGUGAUUCUUAGCACAAGACUAGCCUUCCUCUACUGCCUAUGCCUUAUAAAGUGCCUUGGGCACGUUGUAAAAUGUUUAAGAACACUGGGGAUGUGAUUUGAAACUGCAUGCUCCCUACGGGAAUGCUUUUUUGCCUUCAUUACAUGUAGACCAACGCCAUCUCUUCCAAGGGAGGAUGAGUGGAUCCUAACCUAACUCAGGACAUGAACAAAGUCAGCCAGUCCUACCAAGUGUAUGUCAUCUGGUCUCCUGAGGCUGAUCCUUAUGAGACCAUAGGAGGAGGGGUUGGUGGGGGUGAACCUUAGAUGUGUAUGAGAGUGAAUGUAACAGAUGUGUAUUUUUUCCCCCUUGACAGGGGAGUUUGCUGCUGCUGUGUGUGUUAAUGGGGUUCUGCUUCUUGAUUUGCCCACCUUUCAAAGGGAAUUGCCCUGUAAAUUCACCAGACAUGUGGUUCAGAGAGGAGUGCGAGGAAUAUUUUAUAUGUAAUAUAUGGAAAAUAUAUGUGGAAAAAUAAAUUUGCAAUAAUAAAAUGGAAA